ACAUUUUGAUUUCGUGAUUGAAUUUCCAAUGUGGAAUUUAGACGUCACCGAGUUUGAUUAUCAUACGCAUAUAUACUUCGAGUGUCGCCGCCUUUUUUCCUUUUCGUCUUUGUCAAUGCUUGUGUAAAUGGUCACAAAUUGAUAUUGCGCCAUGAGUGGUAAUCCUCACAAACCCCGCGCGGGUCAACAACAACGACACCCUGCAUCUUCAACACCUGAAAGUGUUGCUUCAUCCGAGAUUACGUUGACACGAUGGCAGAAAAUCGAGAGCAUCAUCUGGGAUGGCGGUUAUCGUACGCCGCAGGAACGUGCGCUUGUGCGACGGUUGGAUAUAUUUAUCAUGAGCUGGGCAACGAUUGGGUACUUUGUGCGACUGCUGGAUUGGGCUAAUGUUACGAACGCAUAUGUAUCCGGCAUGAAGGAAGACUUACACUUCACUGGAGCGGAUUAUAAUCUUCUUUCGACGUUUUUCAUUAUUGGUUAUGUCAUUGGUCAAGUACCCUCGCAAAUGGUGUUGACACGGGUCCGUCCAUCAUACUGGCUUCCAACCUGUGAACUACUCUGGUCAAUCGUCACGUUCUGCUUCGCAGCCGUGCAAAAUGUGCGGGAUGUAUUCGCUCUUCGAAUCAUCAUGGGAUUCCUCGAAGCUCCAUUUGCAGUUGGCGUUUUGACCAUAAUGGGAAGCUGGUAUACACCGCGCGAACUCUCCAAAAGAAUCGCUAUCUUCUACUCCGCCUGCUACGCCGCAAGCAUGUUUAGCGGUUAUCUCCAAGCCGGCAUCUACAACGGCAUGGACAACCAUCUCGGCCUCGCUGGAUGGCGCUGGCUCUUCAUCUUCUGCGGCGUAAUCUCUUUACCAUUCAGUAUAUACGGCUACAUCGCCAUCCCAGACAAUCCCUACAACAGCAAAGCAUUCUGGAUGUCCGCUCACCAACUCGAAUUCGCGCGCAAACGCAUGGAGGCAUGUGAUCGUCGACCUCCCGUAUUACUAACAUGGGCCAAAAUGAGACGUAUCGUGACUCACUGGCCUCUCUACGCAUUCACAGCGAUCAUGAUAUGCCAAUGUCUCGUCACGCAACCACUAAACUAUUUCGCCGUCUGGCUGAAAAGUCUCCAUCGGUUUUCGGUGUAUCAGGUUAACGUUAUCCCGACUGCAGGUCAGGCUGUCGGCCUUAUUACAACCUUGACAUAUAGCUGGCUCGCUGAUGCAUGGGGCGGGGAGGAAAGAUGGAAAGCUUUACUCAUCCCGGCUGUUGUGAAUCUUGUGGGGUUGAUUAUUGUAUCGAUUGGACCGGGUUUUGGUGCGACGUUGUUUGGGUAUUUGCUUAAUGGUGCUAGUUGGGGAUUUUGGCCUAUUUGUUUCGCAUGGACAAACGAAGUCUGUGCCUCUGAUCCCGAGGAACGCGCAAUUGUUAUUGGAGUUGCGCAAACAAUGGGCCAAGCGUUCGUUGCGUGGGUUCCUAUCCUGAUCCUAAACACGUCCAAAUACGCACCCAAAUUCACAAUGGGAUGGAGUAUUCUCACGGGUAUCAGCGUAUGUCAGUUGGCGAUGGUAUUCGUGAUUCGCUGGCUUGUCAUGAGAGAUAAGCGACGAACACAGCAGGGAGAUGUUGGAGGGUUUAGCGAUGAUCAUCGUGGCACUGACGUUGAAGGUGGAGUUACUGAUAAUGUCGGUAGAGGAAGUAAUGAGCAGGGUAGUAGUGCUGAUAAUCAUGCGGUGCCCAGCAUUCGAGAGGAGACGAAGGUGUAACCAAUUUUCUAUAUGGCUUUGUUGCAUCGGACGACAAGAGGUUAACGACAAACGAAAUGGGAAGAUGAUAGACAUGACCUUACUGUCUCGGCAUAAUAGUUGAGACAACAUAAUACAACUUACUUGUACUUGAGGAACAGCAUUUUUUUUCAUUAA